AUGUCCAGCUACGGUGGUCGAGGCGGUGGUGGCUACGGUGGCGGAGGCUACGGCCGUGAUCGAAGCGAUCGCGGCGGAGACCGCAACGGAUACGGCGGCGGCGGCUACGGCGCAGGCGGUGGAUAUAGCAACGGAAAUGGCUACAGCAACGGUGGUGGCUACGGUGGUGGCGGCUACGGAGGCGGCUACGGCGGCGGCGGCGGUGGUGACCGGAUGAGCGCUCUCGGCGCUGGACUGCAGAAGCAGACUUGGGACCUCUCUACCAUGCCCAAGUUCGAGAAGUCCUUCUACAAGGAGAGCCCUGAGGUGACCGCUCGCUCGUCGGCGGAGGUUGAUGCCUUCCGCCGCAAGCAUCAGAUGACCAUCGCCGGCCGAGAGGUGCCCAAGCCUGUUGAGACGUUCGACGAAGCCGGCUUCCCCCGAUAUGUCAUGGACGAAGUCAAGGCUCAGGGUUUCCCCGCGCCCACUGCUAUUCAGUCCCAGGGCUGGCCCAUGGCCCUGUCUGGUCGCGACGUCGUCGGUAUUGCGGAGACCGGUUCCGGAAAGACCCUGACGUACUGUCUCCCGGCCAUUGUCCACAUCAACGCCCAGCCCCUUCUCGCGCCUGGCGACGGCCCCAUUGUCCUGGUCCUCGCCCCCACCCGUGAGCUUGCUGUUCAGAUUCAGCAGGAGAUCACCAAGUUCGGUCGGUCCUCUCGUAUCCGCAACACUUGCGUGUACGGUGGCGUCCCCAAGGGACCCCAGAUCCGCGACCUCUCCCGUGGCGUCGAAGUUUGCAUCGCCACUCCUGGACGCCUGAUCGACAUGCUCGAGGCCGGCAAGACCAACCUGCGCCGUGUGACCUAUCUUGUCCUCGACGAGGCUGAUCGCAUGCUGGACAUGGGUUUCGAGCCCCAGAUCCGCAAGAUCAUUGAGCAGAUCCGACCUGACCGACAGACUCUCAUGUGGUCUGCCACUUGGCCCAAGGAGGUCCGUGCCAUGGCCUCUGACUUCCUCAACGACUUCAUUCAGGUCAACAUCGGCUCCAUGGACCUGUCAGCAAACCACCGCAUUACUCAGAUUGUCGAGGUUGUCAGCGACAUGGAGAAGCGAGACCGCAUGAUCAAGCACAUGGAGAAGGUCAUGGACAACAAGGACAACAAGAUCCUUAUCUUCGUCGGCACGAAGCGCGUUGCCGAUGAGAUCACCCGCUUCCUGCGCCAGGACGGUUGGCCUGCGCUUUCUAUCCACGGCGACAAGCAGCAGAACGAGCGUGACUGGGUCUUGGACCAGUUCAAGACUGGAAAGAGCCCUAUCAUGGUUGCCACCGACGUCGCGUCGCGUGGUAUCGAUGUUCGCAACAUCACUCAUGUGUUGAACUACGACUACCCCAACAACUCGGAGGAUUAUAUCCACCGAAUUGGCCGCACGGGUCGUGCUGGCGCGAAGGGCACUGCCAUUACCUUCUUCACCACUGACAACCAGAAGCAGGCGCGUGAUCUUGUCAAUGUCCUCCAGGAGGCCAAGCAGCAGAUUGAUCCUCGCCUUGCCGAGAUGGCUCGCUUCGGUGGUGGCGGCGGUGGCCGCGGUUGGGGUUACGGACGUGGACGUGGCGGCGGUAGAGCCAACGCCAACAGCCAGCCCCUUGGCAACCGUCGAUGGUAA